AUGAGUAAAGUACCAAUAAAAACAAAAAUAGAAGCAUCACGAGUAAAUGCAUUAGCUGCUGUAAGGAACUACAAAGUGUGCCCAAGAUUAGAAUAUAAAACAAUUUCAGGUGUUCAAGGACCAUUAGUAAUUAUAGAAGAUGUAAAGUUUCCUAAAUAUUCAGAAAUUGUUACUAUACAUUUGAGUGAUAAUUCAACAAGACAAGGUCAAAUAUUAGAAGUGUGUGGAAAAAAAGCUGUCAUUCAGGUUUUUGAGGGAACAAGUGGGAUUGAUAAUAAAAAUAGUUAUGUUGAGGUAAGUGGUGAUAUUUUAAAAAUGCCAAUAAGUGAUGAAAUGUUAGGAAGGGUUUUUAAUGGUAGUGGGAAACCUAUUGAUAAAGGACCUAACAUAUUAGCAGAUGAUUUUAUAGAUAUUAACGGUAACCCAAUUAAUCCACAAUGUCGUGUAUAUCCAAAAGAAAUGAUUCAAACAGGAAUUUCAACAAUAGAUGUUAUGAAUAGUAUAGUUAGAGGACAAAAAAUUCCUUUAUUUAGUGCAGCUGGACUCCCACAUAAUGAAAUAGGUGCACAAAUAUGUAGACAGGCAUCUUUAGUUCAAGGAAAAGAUGUAUUAGAUCAUUCUGAUGAUAAUUUUGCUGUUGUUUUUGGUGCUAUGGGUGUAAAUAUGGAAACAGCUAGAUAUUUUAGACAAGAUUUUGAAGAAAAUGGAAAAAUGGAAAGAGUUGUUUUAUUUUUAAAUUUAGCUAAUGAUCCAACUAUUGAAAGAAUUCUAACUCCAAGAUUAGCUUUAACGACAGCUGAAUAUUUAGCUUUUGAAAAAGAAAUGCAUGUUUUCGUUAUUUUAACUGAUAUGUCUUCAUAUGCCGAUGCAUUAAGAGAAGUUUCUUCUGCAAGAGAAGAAGUACCAGGAAGAAGAGGAUAUCCAGGUUAUAUGUAUAGCGAUUUAUCAACAAUUUAUGAAAGAGCUGGAAGAGUAGAAGGAAGAAAUGGAAGUAUAACACAAUUUCCAAUUUUAACUAUGCCAAAUGAUGAUAUUACUCAUCCUAUACCUGAUUUAACAGGAUACAUAACAGAAGGACAAAUAUUUGUUGAUAGAAAUUUAUAUAAUAGACAAAUUUAUCCUCCUAUUAAUGUAUUACCUUCUUUAUCUCGUCUUAUGAAAAGCGGUAUCGGUCAUAAUAUGACUAGAAUAGAUCACCCAUAUGUUUCAGAUCAAUUAUAUAGCAAUUAUGCCAUUGCACAAGAUGUGAAAGCAAUGAAAGCUGUUAUUGGUGAAGAAGCAUUAUCAAAUGAUGAUAUUUUAUAUCUAGAAUUUUUAGACAAAUUUGAAAAAAGAUUCAUUACUCAGAAUACAUAUGAAUGUAGAGAUAUUUAUCAAUCAUUAGACAUAGCUUGGGAAUUAUUAAGAAUUUUUCCUGAAGAUAUGUUAAAAAAAAUAAAAUCAGAUAUAUUAUCAAAAUAUUACCCUCGUCAUCAUGCAAAUUAA